UAGGGUUCAAUAAGUGCUACUGCCGUUAUAGUCAAUAGGCUUGGACAGCAUUGUCCUGGCGCUUUUAACAGAAACCAGUCGCAUCUUGUUCUGCAGUAUUGUGCUGCCUGUUAAACGGAAGUUGAAGCAUGCGAGUUAGCUUGCCUGUUAACGCGAAGAUGAUGGACGUCGGGCGCCAGUUGGCCGUAGCAAAGUUACCGUGGCGAUGCUAAUGGACCUAUUUCGCACUGGUAUUUAAGUCAAAGAAAGCAAAUCUAUGUUAAGUAAGCAACAAAUAUCCUCUUGUUUUACGUUACUUCGACCCGGAAACCCUUUUUAAUUAGCCCAGCUCAUGAGCUAAUCCAACUCACAGGAUGCCCAAUGCCAGCACAAGGCCAAAGCGAGGCAGGAGGACUCGGCGGCACCCCAGGGAGGACCCUGCCAGGAAUGAGCUGGUGUCUAGGUCCCUGGAAAGUGCCCAGGAAUGCUUGUUUAACCAAGACUAUGGAACUGCCUUUGUUCAUUAUCUUCUGGUGCUCAACAUUGCCCCUGUACUGAAGGACUUCGCAAGGGAGUCGUUCAGGUUCACCCUCUUCAAAUGGACAGAUGAGCUUGAUUCUCUGGGACGCAUUCAGGAUCUAUUUAACUGUUAUGAGCAAGCUCUUGAACUCUUUCCUUCUGAUGAGGUCAUCUUGAACAGCAUGGGUGAACACCUCUUCAAAAUGGGAUUCAGAGAUGAGGCUGCGGGUCAUUUUCACAAAGCCCUGAAGUUAAAGCCAGACUAUCCAGAAGCCAGAGAGAACUUCUACCGUGUAGCCAACUGGCUGGUGGAGCGCUGGCACUUCCUGAUGCUAAAUGACCGUGGGAGAAACCAGCAGUACCAGCAAGCCAUACAGAAGGCUGUCCAGAGAGGCUGCAACACUGUACUAGACAUAGGUACUGGCACUGGCAUUCUUGGCAUGUGUGCCAAGAAGGCAGGAGCUGCUGAAGUGUAUGCCUGUGAACUGUCUAAGACCAUGUAUGAGCUGGCAUGUGAGGUGGUGACUGCUAAUGGAAUGAAUGGCAGCAUCAAGAUCCUCCAUAUGAAAUCUCUUGAGAUGGAAGUGCCUAGAGACAUCCCACAGAGGGUAUCUUUGGUGGUGACAGAGACUGUGGAUGCAGGAUUGUUUGGAGAAGGUAUAAUAGAAAGUCUGGUUCAUGCCUGGCACCACCUGCUGUUACCUCCACCGAAUGCUCAAGAUGAGUUCAGGGAGCCCUGUCAGACGGGCCGGGUUAUCCCUGCUGGUGCCACUGUGUUUGGUAUGGCUAUCGAGUCCCUAGAGAUCCGCCGGCACCACAGGCUGUGUGUGUCGGAGGUGGGGGGUCUGUCCAUGGCUGCUGUAGGAGAGAUCUGCAGCCCAGUGAGCUGUAGCUCGGAGCCGGAUGAAUCCAUGGAGCCUUACACCACAGAGAGGCUUAACCGACUGCCAGGGGGCUAUAAGUCUCUCACCCACCCCUUCAGAGCUCUUGACAUAAAUUUCAACAAUGUGCAGGAACUUGAGGCACUGAGCUCCAGGGAGGUGCAGCGAUUGCAUCUGCUGGUCACUCAGGAGGGUGAGCUGGAUGCCUUGGCCGUGUGGUUCCAGCUCCACUUGGACCAGGAGAGCAGCCUGUCUACCGGACCGCAGGAGGAUACUUGCUGGGAGCAAGCCAUCUACCCUGUCCAUAGGCCUUACAGUUUUGCGCUGACACCUGGAGACGAGCUGAUUGUUGAGGUCUCUUGUCGAGAUGCCUAUCUGAGGCUCUGCAGUGUUGCUGUGAUGAGAGACGGUCAUGAGUUUCACCUAGACAACCGUCUGGAGACUCAGUCUGCAGAAAAGUUUGUUCCAAACCCAAACCCGGAGGCAGAACUCUGCACUGCAUUAGCUUGCCUCCAAACUGACCCGAGUUUAGCAAAGGACUUCUGUGUGCUGGAAUGUUCUGAAAUCGCCCUCCUGAACAAUCACCUUUACCAUCAGAGUUUCAACAGAGCACUAUCUAACCUUAUCACCGGCCUGAAGAUCCAACGUCAAACCCAGAAGCAAGGGUCUGGGAUCAAACCUGCGGCGCAUUCCAGUGACCGUAACUCCACUGGCGCUAAUGACCUGUUCUUUGUGCUGGAUGUGUCAGAGGGCUUCUCACUGCUCUCCCUUAUGGCUGCCAGCCAUGGACGGGUAAAGGCCUACAGCUCGGUGGAGAAGAGCCAGCAGCAGGAGGUCCUACGGAGACUGGCUCGCUCCAACGGUGUCCCAGAGCAGCAUCUUGAGUUCUGGCUCAACUACGUGGAGGAUGAGCAGGCUGUGCUCCAGAGGCCCUCGGGGGAAAAUCUGUGGAGUGCCAUAAUCCUGGACUGUGUUGAGACAUGUGGCCUGAUUAGGCAGAAAUUAAUGGAGAAAGCAUCACUGGCCAGGUGUCUCCUGGAGGAUGGUGGCCAUAUUUUCCCAUCAAGGAUUGUGGUCUAUGGAAUGCUGGUUGAGUCAGAAACGCUGCUGCUGGAGAGUGCCGUCCAGGGUCAGGAGCCGACGCUGGGCUUUAAUAUUGCUCCUUUCAUCAACCAGUUUACCGUACCGGUUCAUGUAUUUCUGGACUUUUCCACGCUGGCAUGCAAACAUCUCAGCGAGUCCGUGGAACUCUUUGCUUUGGAUCUCAUGGACGCCAACGCCAACUAUACUAACAGAGAAGUCAAGGUUCAGGCCACCUCCUCAGGCAGGGUGACGGCAGUCCCCUUCUGGUACCAGAUCCACUUGGACCACGAGAUUAGCAUCAGCACCCUCAGUCAGGACUCUCACUGGAAGCAGGCAGCUGUGGUGCUGCACCAGUCGCUCGAGGUUAAGGCUCAGGACUGGGUCUGUCUGGCUGUGCAGCUCCACAAGAGCAGCAUCUCCAUAUCAGUCAAGAUAGAGAAUGAGUCUGGGCUGUAACUGACUUGAUCACACUCAACUCAUUCAGUUUUAAUGAAAUUGGAGACUGUGUGCUCGUCUUCUCACAACUUCAAGUGUGGGAAGAUGGCGGUGUGAAUUCACGUUUGCAGCAGCCUCACCCAGUACCGAUUAUGCAAUGUCUCUGUCCACGUCUUCAUCUAAGUUUGAGUCAUUGUGUGAAGUUUUUAUUUUGAUCGUCGAUUUCGCUUGGCUGGGAGGGCUGGUGUUGGGUCAGCUGAGAGAUCUUGGUCUGCCGCGUCCUGUGGGCCCAGGGACCACGGCCCUGCCCGGAGCUGCGCCCGAAGAGGAAACACCGAGGGUGGUCCGAUAGGACACAGAAGCGGGGCAGGCUAAGCUAACUGCUAGCCCUCUUGUGUUGCACUGCUGGCACGUUGGCGCAGUGGUUAUCGCAGUCGCCUCACAGCAAGAAGGUUCUGGGUUCGAGCCCCGGGGUAGUCCAACCUUGGGGGUUGUCCCGGGUCGUCCUCUGUGUGGAGUUUGCAUGUUCUUCCCGUGUCUGGGUUUCCUCCGGGGGCUCCGGUUUCCUCCCACAGUCCAAAGACAUGUAUGUCAGGUGAAUCGGCCGUACUGAAUUGCCCCGAGGUAUGAAUGUGUGUGUGUGUGUGUAUAUCGGCCCUGUGUGAUGGCCUGGCGGCCUGUCCAGGGUGUCUCCCCGCCUGCUGCCCAAUGACUGCUGGGAUAGGCUCCAGCAUCCCCGCGACCCUGAGAAUAGGAUAACCAGUUCGGAUAAUGAAUGGAUGAAUGUUGCACUGCUGUGGGCUGGGGGAAAUGAAAUUUCGUUUCUGUUGUGUACAUAGCUCAUGAGAUGAAAUCUCAAAUACAUUGUUCCUUAUUCCCAAGACAUAACAGUAUUGUUACUAUUUAAGUGGCUGUAUAAACCCAAUUUGUAUAUACGUUUUUAGUUCUCAAGGCAUUUUAUCAACUGGAAC